AUGGAGAGGAAGGAACAAACCUUGACCUUCCACCAUCCUCAGGCCCCUAAAAUGAAGGGCAACCGGAAAUACCUAAGGCCUACCCUCCCCACCAAGGAAGAACCCAAUGCCACCAUGCCACACGAGAAGCAGCGGUACCACAUGGAUCGGACAUCCACCUACAUCCGGAUGUUCUGUGGCAGUCUCUGUGGCCUGAGCCUCCUGAUGGUCCUCUGUACGUGUCCGUUGAGCUGGGUGCAGUUCCUGGUGACCAAAACCGGUGUGGAGCUCUUUGCAGGACUCUGGACCAUAUGCAAGCACGAGAUGUGCUGGAGCCACAUCCCCAAGCCACCCUAUUAUCUGCAGGGCUCCAGGAUCUUCUGGCUCAUCGCUAUCUUUGCCAUACUCUUUGCCCUUGGCUGGCUCUUUAUCUCUUGUCUCCAUGGAAGGGAAAACAUGACCAUCAACUUGGAUAUGAAGGAAUCUCUGCUCAGCUUCUUAUCAGCCAUCUGCUUGCUCCUCUGCCUCUACCUGUUUGUGGCGCAGGUUCGCUGGCAUCGAACAGAUGUCAUGGAGUCUGAUUUCCUCUGGCCCUAUUACCUUAAUUGGUGGAGUGCCAUCUUAUACAUGUGUGCAGGGAUCAUCUCUUUUCUCAACUGUGUAAUUUCCAAAUAUCUCCCUUCUGAGGAAAAUAUCACUGUGAUUCCAACAGAGAAGUCAAGGCUGGGCUUUGGCCCAGUGACUGCAGUGUCAUUGGCUGAAGAUAAUGCACAGGCUUCAUUUGAAACUGCCAAAUGAAGUAGAGGAAGAAAUAUCAACUAUAAAAUUGGGAUGGUGAUAGGAAAGCCCAACCUUAAAGUGGGAGAGAGGCUGAGCAUUUUUGGAAAUCUAGGAAACCUUCCUAUC